AUGGCUGCCGCCGUCACGGAGCUGGAGCUGGAGCGGCGGGUGAUGGCGGCGGUGAAGGCCUCCGCAGAGCGCGGGGACCCGCCGCUUCUCCAGGCCGCCGAGGCCGCGCGCUGCAUCCGCGAGGCCCCCGCGUCCGCUCCGGGCGGCCUCGCGCUCUCCCAGGCGCUGGUGACGAACCUGUGCUUCGCGCACAACACACCCGCCAUGUGGAAGCUGCUGGAUCAGGCCAUGUUGUCCCGCCUGGUGGACCCUCACCACACCCUCGCCCUCCUUACCCCGAGGGUGGUGCCGAACCGGCGGGAGCAGCCGGAGGCGUACAGGCUCUACCUCGAGCUUCUAGGCCGGUACGCGGUGGCCCCUGUUUACCCGGAGCGCAUGGAGAAGGAUAUGUUAGCCAAAUCUAUUGACAGUGCUAUGCAGCUUUCACAUAGAUUUGGUUUUCAACAUUUGGAUUUUGGACAUACUGUUAUUUUGUUUGUGUUGAGUCUUGUCAACAUGCUGAUUGAUUGCAUCUUAGAUGAUUGUGGAUUGCCCAUCACCUCCGCUAAUGAACAUGGCAACAGAAAUGAUAUGAAUUUUAAUGGCAAGGGGAGAUCACUUGACAGGGGAGAUGAGCACCGUGAACAUCUAAGAAGAAAGAAUAUACUUAUGUCUAUUGAAGUUGUUGGGAAGGUCACUGCAAACAAAAUUGUCCAAGUCUUUCUGCGGCUUGUCAAUCGUAACACACCUGAAAAUUUCAAUUGUCUACUUCGGAAACUUCAUCUUAUUGGUGCUCUUAAAAAGAAGAACACAUUGUCUCCGUACAAUCUGCUAGAUAGCUUGAUUAUGAAUAUACAGAAUGUCAUAAGCACGGACUACCAAUUAGACAGGAAAAGGCUUCUGGGAGUUCCUGUUAGCAUACAGCCUUGCAGUUCAGCUGUUUACAGUAUAUUCGGAGCUGGAAAGGGAUCUUGUUGGAUUCCUUUUGACAUGUUUAUGGAGAACACAAUGGAUGGGAGACAUCUUCAUGCUAUAUCAUCAGUUGAAUAUCUGACAGAACUAUCCAAAACACUUCAAGUGUUGAAUCGGGCAACCUGGCAAGAGACCUUUCAAGCUUUAUGGAUUUCGGCUUUGCGGCUAGUACAGCGAGGCCCAGAUGCUUCAGAAGGACCAUUUCCUCGUCUUGAUUCACGGUUGUGCAUGUUGUUGGCUAUUAUCCCCUUGUCCAUUGCAACUAUUGUGAAGGAAGAGGUGGGCAAUCUGGAAGGGGAAACAACCUCUGUUAUAAGAGGACAAUUAGUGUCUUCACUUCAGAUUCUGAGGCAAUUUUUUGGUCUUCUUUCACCACCUCCAGCAGCUGUACAUUUGGCAAAUAGUGCAGCUAGAAAAGCAGCAGUUGUUCUCUCUAACCUGAAAAAUGGGAGUGAGAACAUGUACAGUUCUUUCAAAGACAGUCCCUCUAUUAAAGCAGUUGGAAAUAUGCUACAUCUUAUCGUGGAAGCCUGCAUCACAAGGAACUUAAUUGAUACAUCUGCUUAUUUCUGGCCUGGCUACGUGAUUCCACUUAAAGAAUCCUCUCCAGUUCAGGAGUCUCCAUGGCCAUCUUUAGUAGAAGGGUCUCCACUUAUAGAACUUAAGGACGCCCUUAUGGUCACACCUGCUUCGAGUGUAGCAGAGUUGGAGAAAUUGUACUCUUUUGCAGUAAGUGGGUCACCGGAGGAAAAGUUGGCAGCUUCGAAGAUUUUGUGUGGAGCAUCACUGCUUCGUGGUUGGAACAUUCAGGAACAUGUUGUUCAAAUGGUGCUUAAGUUGUUAUCGACAUUCCUCCCUCUGGAUUCUGGACCAGAAGGGCGAUAUGUACAGGACAUGCCUAUGCUACACGCUCUUGUAUCAGGAAUUUCUUCUAUUGACACUGUUCAUAUUCUUUCAAUGUAUGGCCUGGUGCCAGAAGUAGCAUCUAUGUUAAUGCCUCUCUGUGAGAUUUUUGGAUCUUUACCUCCAUCUGAUCAUAGGAGUUGUAAAUUUGAAGAGGCUUCUGUGUAUUCAGUAUUCUCAUGUGCUUUCCUGUCCCUGCUUCGCUUUUGGAAAUUUCAUAGACCACCUAUUGAGAAUGCUUUAUCAAGGCGUGGAGUCUCUCUUUGGUCAGAGCUCCGUUUGGAUUUUCUCUUGUUAUUACGUAAUAGUCAUUCUUCGUUGAAAAAUCUAUCUAAUGUUACUCAAUCAAGCAUAUUUAAAUUAGAUACACCAUGUCAAAAGCCAGUGUAUAUUGACUCAUUUCCAAAGCUAAGGGCAUGGUACUUCCAGAAUCAAGCUUGCAUAGCCUCUACACUUUCUAGUGCUUGCAGCAGGACAGCUGUGCUCCAUGUGGCAAACAUGAUACUGAAAAUUAUAUGCCAUAAUAAAGUGCCAAAAGGUGGUGUCCUGUCUGUAAAUCCUCAGUCAACAGAAAAUUCCAGUACGAGUAGUUCACCUGCAGGUGUACAGGAAGAUAUGUGCCAGUGGCCAACACUUCCAGCGUGGGAAAUUCUUGAAGCUGUUCCUUUUGUGCUUGAGGCUGUGCUAACUUCAUGCGCUCAUGGCAGACUUUCAUCCCGUGAUUUGGUUACAGGUCUAAGAGAUCUUGCAGAUUUCUUGCCUGCUUCACUUGCUGCUAUUGUCAGCUACCUUUCUGCAGAAGUCACUCGUGGCAUAUGGAAGCCAGUUAUGUUGAAUGGAAUGGACUGGCCAAGUCCAGCUGCAACUCUUCCAGUAGUUGAAUCGGAGAUAAAAGAAGUUCUUGCAUUUGCUGGUGUUCAUAUCAAUAUCUGUCCACGACCACGUUCUGUGAUGCCAAUGCUUCCAUUGCCAAUAGCAGCGCUAAUCAGUUUGUCAAUAACAGUCAAGAUGGAGGAAUUCAGUCACCUACACGGCAUCAUUGGCCAAGGAAUUGAAAUUUGUACAACAUCUAGUUCAUGGCCCUCUUCGCAAAUUAUAGGUGCAUUGUGGUCCCAAAAAGUACGGCGGUGGCAUGAUUUCAUCAUCCUGACUUGUUCGCAGUCCCCCUUCACUCAAGAUAACACCGCGGUGGCACAACUGAUCAGGAGUUGCUUCUCUUCUUUCCUUGGGCCUUUGGUUGAUGGGCGCUCCUGCUUCGUAGCAAACAGAGGAGUUGCUAAUCUGCUGGGGCAGACUUUUGAUGAAAAAGCCCACAGGCUUGCUGUAGCACCAGGAUUUCUUUACAUGAGAUCUUGCUGGUUAUUUCCAAAUAACAGCUUUGUUUGUGAAGAGAUUUUGGAGGUGGUCAUUGAGAGAGCCCAUGCGCUAGCAAAUGCUUGUAGUUCUGAUAGACCUGCUCGUUUGAGGUCAGACUGUUUGCCGCUAUCAGCUGCAUCAUCCUUGGUAGAGCAGAUAGCAUCACUUGCAGCAACUAUGCUUUGUCAUGCUGGUGGGAUGAAUUUGAUUCGUCUCCUCUACGAGCAGAUUAUCCCCACUCUGCUGCUUUCAGGUGGAAAAGCUAAGCUUGGUUCCGCUGGUCAGGUAUGCAGCAUAAUCGAAGGAUACACAUUAGCCUAUGUUCUCCUCUUUUCGGGUGCAAGCAUCUGGGGAGUCGGAGAAACGUCGCCAGCUUACACUUGGAUAUACACAUCAAAAAGGCAACAGGUUGUCGAUAGGCACUUGGAGUUCAUGGCCAGGGUAAUGGAGGGUAACAUUGUGCUGGGCUGUGGCGAUACCACAUGGAGGUCCUAUGUUCUCUGUUUUGUCAACUUGCUGGUCAACUUUGUGCCCACAUGGAUUCCUGAAGUGAAGCUAAAGACGCUACAGAAAUUGGCAUCUGGGCUUCAGAGAUGGCACGAGGGUGAUCUUGCCCUCUCUUUGCUUGAGCGAGGGGGAACCAAAACCGUGACUUCAGUAGUUGAAUCCCUUUUGCAAUAA